AAUAAAUGCAGUGAACAGACUAAAUUGGUACACCUUUUUGUAUUUUGUAAGGCUAUUUAUGGGCUUCUUUGUUGUAAAAAGAGCCAAAAAGCGUUAUUUGGGAGUCAACUUAUUUUAUUUGUUACGGUAACGCCCGUUGAACUCCAACUGCUUCCUCUCGCGGCUACACCGCAGUAUUGCAAGUGUUUUACCAAUGGUCUUCUGGUAAAUACGUAGCAUAGCAUUAACAAGUUCAAAGCAAGUAAAUAAGUACGUUCAUUUUGAUUUAUACAAACUACAAUACCGGUCGUAGACGCUAACAGUGAAUACAUCACUUGAAACAACAGUAUUGACAUUCCUCAAACGGGAGGAAACUUUCUGGAUUACAUCUCCUUAGUUCCCAAAAUAUUUCCAUAGUUAGUCCCUCCUCUUCUCCGAGCUCCAUCUCUUUCACGGAGAGUUUAUUUCUCGGACCAUGGCGCUGCGCUCUUGUCGCUUCACUGUAUACGUGGCGUUUCAGUUUACUAUUGUACUAUUAGGGAAUUCUACCUUUGCAACUCCCGGUGGCGGUAGCCCUAAUGUUUUGUCACUUCUACAGCCGUAUGACUUUUUGUAUUACAGCGGGGUACGCGCAUAUUAUAGUGAGAACUGGGCGAAGGCUGCUGAGCUGCUGGAGAAAUCCAUCGUAACCAAGGACUCACUGUUCAGAGUCCGCAGGCAGUGUCACGAUGAGUGUGUGGCAGCAGGGAGAGGGGCAUUCAAUAACCUGGACUCUGAAGAGGGCAGCAUGUGGGACCUCUGGGCCUUGGACUGGGUGCAGCAGAGGGCUGAGUGUUUGAGGUUCUGCAUUGGACGCGCUGUGACCCGUGUAGGGCAACUUCCUGUUUCUUCUGAUAUAGAUUAUGAGUUUGGCACCCGCAACCCCUAUAACUUUCUGCAGGUCACAUACUAUAAGCUGGAAAAGUUGCAGAAGGCAGCAUCAGCUGCUCAUACGUAUUUUGUAGCUAACCCCAGUCAUCUGGAGAUGAGGAACAACAUUGAGAAGUACAGACGGAUGAAAGGAGUGAACGAGGAGGCCUUCCAAGACAGAGAGGCUGAGAAAGAGAAACACUGGGCCUUGUAUGAUGCUGCUCUCCAGUAUGAGGCCUCCUCUGACUGGGUGCAAGCAGCAAAAAAAUGGAAAGCAUGUGUGAAUGAAACGUUGCAGCAGACAGAGGAGUGCAGGAUACAGUGUGAAGUGGCCUCCCAAAGGCUGCCUGAGGACAGGGGAGUGGACAGUGUUAAUGGCGUUUUUGAGAAGGCAGCAGCGCUCGCCCUCUCCCUGCUUUCGUGCCGGCAGGCCUGUGUGACUCAGGUAUCCACACGACCUGGAAGGAUCUCUGCUCAGGAGGACUACCUGCCCACACAGUUGGAACAUCUGCACAUAGCACAGUUUAAAGCUGGUGACAUUAGUGGAGCAGUGCAGACUCUGCGCUCACUUCUCCUAUUUUACCCUGCUGACAAGGACUCCUUAGACAACCUGCAGCUCUAUUAUGAGACACUAGGGGGAGACAAAGAGUCACAAGUCACACAGCCUGAGCAGGAGAUUGUCAAAUACGUCAGUCGCUCUUUGCAGGAGAAAAAGCUUCUCUAUUUUGGUAUGGAGAACUUGGAUUUCAGCUUCACUGACCCAGAUCUUUGGACUCCAGAAGAUGUUGUACCCGAGUCACUGAGGGAGAUAUGGAGUAUCUUCUGUUUUAACGUCAGAGCUGAAAAAGAGAAAACGAAUGAGAAAAUGAAAGAGGGAGAGCAGCAGGAGGAAGUGGAUGACAGUGGAUUUUUUUCAGGUGGCUCAGUCCCCCAGGUGGGUGUGACCAUCACCAUGGAUGACGAGGUUUUAAACGGGACUAAUCGUGUAGUACUCGAUGGAGUCAUGACUAAGAAGGAGUGCGACAGAAUACUGCAGUUAGCAGAAGUUGCUGCAUCAGCUGGAGAUGGUUACCGGGGACGAAGGUCCGUGCACACACCUCAUGAGACGUUCGAGGGCCUGACUGUGCUCAGGGCUGUAAAGUUGGCUCAGGAAGGCCUGGUGAACCAAUCAGAUGCCAGGCUGUUACACGAGCUGGGCGAGAGAGUGAGAGUCCUGCUGCACUCGUACUUCAGGAGCCCUUCAAGACUCAUCAUCUCUUUCACACACCUGGUCUGUCGUAGUGCGAUCGCGGGUGACCAGGAAGGGAGGCUGGACCUGUCUCACCCUGUCCAUGUUGACAACUGUCUUCUUGAGCCAGAGACCAAGCAAUGCUGGAGGGAGCCACCGGCGUUCAUACACAGGGACCUGAGUGCCAUUCUCUACCUGAAUGACAAUUUCGAUGGUGGAGAGCUGUUUUUCACUAACAGGGAUGCCAAAACAGUAACAGCUCGAGUAAAACCCAGCUGCGGUCGCCUGGUAGGCUUCUCCUCAGGUCCAGUAAAUCCUCAUGGUGUGACUGCAGUGACCAGUGGACGGCGGUGUGCACUGGGCCUGUGGUUCACAAAGGAGAAGCUCUACAGGGACAUGGAACGAGAGGAGGCGGAGGCAUUGUGGGCCGCAGAUGGACACAGUGUGGUGAAAAAGGAUGAGGAGGAAGCGGAGGGCAGCGGCACCACUGCCCGGAACGCUCGAAGCCAAGCACCGAAGGAGAAGAGCAGAGGGAGAGACAGGGUGAUGGGGGGCAAAGACGAGCUGUGAGAGCCAGGAGAAACCUGACAGACUGAAACUCAUUUCCAUUCAUUCUUGUGGAAAUUUCCCCCAUCCCAACACUUCUUUGCUUUUGUAACAUCAUUUUCCAUUUCCAUUCACUCUCUUCACCCCGCUCCCUUUUCAUGUAAAGCUUGCACGUGUGUGUGUGUAUAUACACUAUUUAUAAUGAGCAGAUGAAGGUAAGUGAGAGAAACGCUGCCUUUUUCUCUUUGUAAUGUCAUGCUGUACUUUUUACUAUAGCAGCUUUACUGACCCAUAUCACCCCUUUAAAAAUGAAGAGAAUAAAAGAAGUGAUGAAUGUGACUCUUUAACAAUGUGUGCUGAGUACUGUAUGCCACAUUUACACAGAAAGUCAGGCACAGAAAGCAUUAGAGCAAGAUAGACAACAAACGGAUACAAAAUAGAAAGGAUGUGUAACCUAUUAAGUGAUUGCCUCACACCCUCUGUGGCUGCCUGCUGAUUAAAACUAGAAAAUGAACACUCUUCUUAGUUUGUUCCUCUUUAUAAGAUGUGCAGUUAGGCAGCUACACAGCAGCAGGAAACCGUAGAAACAGUAACAUUAGCACAGUGUAUGAGAAAAUGGACUUGGAGGCAGUAAGUGGGAGAUGAGGGAACACAGAGAGCUGAGGGAAAAAGAGAAAUAGAGAGAUUACUGCUAAUCCCUCAUAAAUGAGUGCAUUUGUUUAUGAAGCUUUAAAAAGGCUUCCAUUUAGAAUAUGGAAUAGUAAUCCAGCCAGAAACCAUUUAAUCAUUGACAUCCAGUGCAGUGAUGCUUCCAUCUUGUCUAUCUUACAACCAAUGUCAGCCCCCUCCUCUGCUUUCGUCUUGUGCAUUAGGUCCAGAGUUGAGUACGGCCCAUAUUAACAUCCUCACUCCCUUCUGCUUUAUAAUCCCAGUGGCUGCAGAAUUGGGUCGGCAGGCCCGUUGAAUAGAGCCUUGGUUUUAGCCUUUUUCCUCCU